AUGGCGACUUCUCGUGUGCUGGCCUUGAUGGCACAGGAGGAGAAGGAGCACUUAGUGGAGCCCUGUGAAGUGGAGGCACCGGGCAAGCCUUGGCUGGGACGGCUCAGUAGACUAGGAGCCUUUCUGGUGGCUGGUCUCGUGCUGUUGGCCAUUGUGCCGCUGCCAGGCGGCCUCCACGAUUGGUUGGAAGGUCUGCAAGAUCCCAAUCUGCGGAGCCUACAAAUCGAACUGCAAGCAGCUGGUCUGCCGCUGCCCUUCGAACAGAAAUCGCACAUUAGCUCUGAAGCUGGUAGCGUCCUUUGCGUGGUGGACGUGGCUCAGUCCGUUGGGCGCAUCAUGGGCAUUGCUACGAGCAUCAAGGGUGCCACCGUGAACUGCGAUUACAAGCGCAUCGAGCGGGAGGAGAAGCGGCCCGUGACCAAGGAUGAGAGGCAGCGCUGCGCGGUGACCAUCAUCGGUGUUUUGGUGAACACAGCCUUGGGCAUCGGUGCCAUGUCAUCUUCCAUCUCCACGUGUGCGGGCUCCGUCAAUGUCCCGGCGAACUGCGCUGCCAACAUCAACGCAUUCAUUGGCAAUGCUUUGGUGCUGGUGGCAACUGCCAUGGCGGCGGAUUUGUCCUGUCCCGAAGAUCCCCUGCCGGAUCGGAUCGAAGCAAAAGCCAAGGAGAUCGCGGAUGCAAAGGAAGAAGCUGCUCGGGAGGUCAACGACUGGUUGAAGGAGCACGGCCAGGACUACAAGGUGCUGCCACCCAGCCCGGCCGUGCCCAAAGACGUGGUUUACACCAACAUCGCAAGAUGCGUUGGCUCCUUAGACCUAGCUGUGACGUUUGUCAUGAAGUCGGCUGUGAUCAUCGCAGACAGCACUGUGGACUGUUCUGAAGAGGAGCUCAUCGAUGAGGACGACAAGCGUGUUUGCGCAAUCAACAUCAUCGGCUUGAUGGGCACGUUGAGCCUGGCCACGCGCUUUUUUGCCUUGGCCUCCAAUAGCUGUGUGGCCAUUGUGGGAGAUUCUACACCCCGAGCGGCCUGUGCAGCGGACAUCGCUGGCAUCAAUGCAGGCGUCUACGCGACCGUGGCGCCGGCCAUGAACUUGCAGGCCUCCUGUGAAGAUGCGUUUGACACCUGGAGCCCGGACGAGUGGCCCAUCCACAAGGAGCUUCGGCAGAGUGCCACCAAGCAGGCAGAGUUGGUGCGACAGUGUCGAAGGAAUUAG